AUUAUUUUAAUUUUGUAAAAUUAAAAAUAAGAAUUAUUAGAAUUAGGUAUAAAUAAAAAAGCAAUAAAAAUGAUGCUCAAAUUUUUUAUUUAAGGGCUGUGGGGAGAAAGAAAGGCGUUUUUUUUCUAUGAUCUAUUUGAAUGUACUUUAUGUAUGGGGUUUUUGAGAAUGGUUCCUUUAUUUAAUCCUAUAUAUUCUGCAUUUAAAUCUUUUAGAAGUUAGAUCACUGAUCCUAUUGAUAGCUUAAUUAUGCAAUGCUAAAGUUUUUUAAAGUGCUUACCAAGACCAAUUUCUUAGCUUGCAGGUUAUCCCAUAGCAUUCUGCUUAUUACUCACAUAUUUAGUUAAUGGAUUUAGAGAGUUUGCAAUUAUUAAAGAAGAUACUGAAGACUUUUUAUUUUACCAUCUUGUUUUAGCUGGAUUUGUAGCUUCAGCUUACAUUCUUACUUACUUUAUUAGUCCUGGAUAUUUUGAUAGACCUGAAGAUAAAGAAGAGUUUCAGCGUGCAAUUUAAACUAAAGCAGAAUUGAAAAAUAAUGACAAAAUAUUUUGCAUGCCAUGCCAAACACCUAAAGUUGCUAGAUCAUUCCAUUGCUAAAUUUGCCAUAAAUGCACAGCAAAAACAGAGUAUCAUUCAACUGUCUUCAAUAAAUGCAUAGGAGCAGGAAAUCAUCCUUAUUAUUAUUUAUUUAUUUUAGGGAUGUCUAUCCUCUUUGGUCUUUAGUUUAUCUUUUUGAGUUCUAACCGUACAUUAUAAGGUAAAAAAGUAAGUGUGAUUCCUUUAUUAUUGAACCUAAGAAUAUUUGUUUACUAUGCACUUCUAACUGGAUAACACACUGUAAACAUAAUAAGUAAUUUGAGUUACAAGGAAAUUGGUGAUGCAAGAAGAUUGCCUUAUUUGUGGAAGAAUUUAUAGGGAGAAUAUUUUAAUCCUUUUGAUAAGGGCGUUUGUGGUAAUUUAAGGGAAUUUAUAUUGGUAAUCAGUACAAAUAAAAGCAUACCUUUGUCAUAGUAGGAAUUAAAGUAAUAUUAAUAAGUGUCUGAAGAAGAGAAAUCUGUUAUCAUAAACAAAUAAGACCAAACAAAUUAUGAUAGUGAUGAUGACUAAGAAGAAGAAAAGAAAAAUGAUAAUGAAGAGAGAGAUGAAUUCGAAGAUAUUGGCAAAGAUAAACCUAUCCCUGAAAAAUAUAUUAACUGGCGUACCAAGAAAUUUUACACAGUAGUUGAUAUUCCUAAUAGUCCACUAAGAGAGAUGGCAAUUGCAGAAAUGAAGAAAAAAUUCAGACUUGCAAAAAAGAGAUCUCUUGGAGAUAACUAAUUUUAGGCUUAAUAGAUGCUAAGAAUGAACGAAUAGAGAAUGAUGAGAGGAGAAAUCACUUAAGAAGAAUUAGAGAGACAAAAAAAUGAAAUAGUCUAAAAGCUUAAAAAAGAAAGAGAAGAAUAUAUGCUUAAAUAGAUGGUCAUUUAAAAGAAAGAAUUCGAAAAAAAUCCUCAAAUGGCCUCAUAAGCUAAGCUACAAAUGGAAAUGGGAAUGACUAAUGCUAGAUUGGCUAUGAUAAAUAAUCCACAAAGAGCAGAAGAUAUAAAGGCAGAUUUAUAGCUUGCAGAAAAAAAUUAUGUUUACUUGUUUGGACAAGAAGCUUUAGAUUAGUUCACCACUAGUUUAGUUGAUGCAGACAAGAAUUAGUAAUAUAUUUAAUAGCAAUAUGUAAAUCAACAAUAGCAGUAAUAACAAUAGUAAAAUUAAGUCUAACAAUAAGAAGUUAAGUAGGUUCCUAAGCAUAUUUAUCAACCUGAGUAAACUAACCUUAUGCAACCAAAUUUUAACAUAAAUCACUGA